CAAGCAUGACGAAGAAAUGAUCAGAGAAUGAUUUGUCCACAACUGAAAAUUUGCUAAACGUGUCUGAAUUUUUCUUGAUGACGACCCCGUCAAGAGUGUGACCAGAACGAUGGGUGAGUUCAGUGACUUUCUGAACUACGUUGUGCUGUUUGAGCAAAUCUUACUGACAUCCCUGCAAGCCAUGGGCACGUGGGGCACAGUGGGUGUGGUGGGGGCGGCGGCUGUUGCCGGGGUGGCCAUCUUGUGUAACCUUCCCACAAACCCCUUCGUUCGUGCGCCCCAGAAGGCCACGCUGGAGUACCUAGAGCAGACGCAACUCCAAACUUUUGGAAGUGAACCCAAGCAUUUUCAGGUAGAUUGUAAAGUUCCUUUUUGUUUCAUUGUUUUCUAA